UCUAGCAAGUUUGGUAAUCGUGAGUUGGUUUUUGUGGGGUGUGGAAAUGCAGGCUGAAGAGAAAAAGUUAGCGAACCCUAUGAGGGAGAUCAAGGUCCAGAAGCUGGUCCUCAACAUCUCAGUCGGUGAGAGCGGAGAUCGACUCACGAGAGCCGCCAAGGUGUUGGAGCAACUCAGUGGCCAAACACCCGUUUUCUCCAAAGCGAGGUACACUGUUCGAUCCUUUGGCAUCAGGCGUAAUGAGAAGAUUGCAUGUUACGUCACUGUCAGGGGUGACAAGGCGAUGCAACUUUUGGAGAGCGGUUUGAAGGUCAAGGAAUAUGAGUUGCUACGAAGGAACUUCAGUGACACUGGUUGUUUUGGAUUUGGAAUCCAGGAGCACAUUGAUUUGGGAAUCAAGUACGAUCCUUCUACAGGUAUCUAUGGAAUGGACUUUUACGUUGUUCUGGAGCGUCCGGGUUACCGUGUGGGUCGACGUCGCAGGUGCAAGUCUCGCGUCGGGAUCCAGCACAGGGUCACAAAGGAUGAUGCCAUGAAAUGGUUCCAGGUCAAGUAUGAGGGAGUGAUUCUUAACAAGUCGCAGCAGCUCUCAGCUUCGUAGGCCCUUAGGAUCAUCAAAUUAAUUUGAUCAGUCUCUAUGACCGGCAUCUGUUCAUUUUCAGUUUUGCAAAGCUCGAGUUAGCGUUUGGACCGAAGUAUGUUAAUUUGUUUUUUGACUUGUAAAGCUUUUGGAAGUUUAUAUCAUUAGGGCUUGAGUUGCCUGGAA